CCCUUUCAAGUGCUGCAUAACAGAUUUAUAUAUUGAAAUAUGCGUGAGCGACUUUUGCCCAGACCCUUGGCUUCGACAGGCGGCUGGCUAAGUUUGCUGUUGCCCGCAGCACUCGUCACCAGCUAUUUGCAUACACAGCCAGCAUGUGGCCCAUCGGACGAAGUGCAUCGGCUUUUGAUUGCGGCCGCAAUUGGAAUGUGCCUAAGAACGCUUUCGUUUCUUCUGACUUCAUACAUAGAGACGGGACCCUAUAUUAAGUUCGCACUGAGCCACCUGUUGCCAGGCAUUGUGUGCAGUUUCUGUGUGGACAGAAGCUGGCCAAUCGCUCUACCUGCUGGACUACUUGUUACCUUUGUCUAUCAGCAUGUUUAUGUCAGACUGUUUCGUGGUCUGCCCAGGACAUUUACUUUCGGAGAAGCUGCAAUCAUGGUGCAGGGCGUGCUGCUCUUCGGCCUGAAUGCCAUUUUCCGCAUUUGGACGCUGCCGUCGACCGAUUUCAAUCAACUAAAUGACAUAAUGAUAAGUGCUCUGCUCUGUCUGCUGCUUGUCUGUUUGUCGCUGUACUUAGUGAGAUUUAUGCGCAAGACGCUGCUAUUCUAUAUGCUGAUGGCGUUGCUGCUGGUGGCUGUGACCUGUGCACCUGUGACCCGCCCACUUCCGCUGAUCGCCUUACUGGAAUUCCUAUUCAAGGAUCCGCUGCGACUGCUCAUCAUUCUGUGCGAUCUGCUGUUCGUCGCCAUCACCUGCGGCACCGUCAGCUGGCAGCUACGGAACUCCACGCAGGCGAGCACUCGCGUCCGCAAGGUCUUCCAUCUGCUCAUUGUAUUAGUCUUUGUGCCCGGCCUAGUCUAUCAGUGCGCCCUGCUCUACCUUGCCACGGGCGUUGCCUUGGCCAUAUUUGUGGUGCUGGAGCUGCUGCGUCUGCUGCAGAUACCGCCAUUUGCAGCGACUCUAGCGCAGGCCUUCGAUUCAUUCAAGGAUGAGAAGGACGCAGGUGGCUUGGCACUCACGCCCUUCUGCUUGCUAAUUGGCUGUGCGCUGCCCAUCUGGCUGACGCCCUGUCCCUGUCUGCUAGCCCAGAAGGAUAGUCCGCUACUGCUACUCUUGUCAGGCAUCCUGACCGUGGGUGUGGGUGAUACGGCAGCCAGCGUGCUGGGCUCCAAGUUCGGACGCAAUAAGUGGACCAACUCUAAUCGUUCCUUGGAGGGCACCGUUGCCUUUGUGCUGUCCAUUCUGAUGUCCGUUGGGCUGCUGCAGCUGAGCGGCAUCGUCGUCAUGACGCAGGCAAAGUGGUUUGCCACUGUCUUUGCUACGCUUAAUUCGGCUCUAGUUGAGGCAUUUACCGAUCAGGUGGACAAUCUGGUGCUGCCCUUGAUCUUUUAUAUAAUUGUUGGCCUAGCCUAAGUCUUAAAGUGAUAUUUUUAUGUGAAUGUGUACAUUCCACGAAAGCCAAAGAAAUUUGAACAAUACUUUGUAGAAAAUACAUUUUUA